GUCGUCACAGUCGUCAUCAUUCCGUCUUGCAACUCGGACCGUGAGUGAGUGAAUCGCGUGAAUCGUGCGCGCAUUUUUACCCUCCUUCAUGGUACGCGUGUAUCUCGUGCGUGACAAACGGAACAGUGCGAAAGAGUGAAGCAGAAAGUGCUGGGAACGUUUCGUGCGCUAAGCUGCACAACGUUCGAGCGUUCGAAAAUAUUUUCAACAGAAACGAGUGAAACGUUCUGUUUAGUGUAGUUUUACUAAUGGAAACCAAUUCUAGCAAAGGCCAUAGUGCAUGGUUCAAUUACAAGUGAAGCGCCAUUUGUGUGUUUACAUUGUGCAAUUUAUAUAUGUGUGUGAAAUCCUUAUCGUAGGUUAUUAUUCCCAUAACCAAGUAAAAUACCACUGUUAACUAAUCUUCCUAGUAAAUAGUGCUACAACACAGUGAUAAGCUCUAGUAGUCAAUCCUACACUUGUUAAAAUAGCAGAUUACGCAUUGUGUCCUCUCAUUAAAAGAUCCAUUUCUUCCUCUCGUUAACAAGAAGUGUCUGUGUGUGUGGUGAGGAAGCAAAAGUAUGGCCCAAUUUGUGACACACAUUCAGCCGACGCUGAUUGAAGCCUCGCAAGGGCACGUACCGCAUCAUCAUGGGCAUCAGGUGGGUGUGCCCCACACAUCCCAUCUGCCCCACAGUGGGCAUAAUAUGCCAUCACCGCCUACCCACCAUGGCCAUAGCCAUGGGCAUGUGCAUGGGCAUGGGCAUCAUCAUGGGCCGAAUACGCUUGUCCACAGUGCUAGUCGGGAAAUAUCGAACACCAAGGGAUCGUCCGGUCACAAGGCACCGACGCAUCUGCCGCUGUCACCGAAAGCGGACGACCAUCACCACCAUCAGCAUCAUCAGCCGCAUCCCCACUAUCAGCAUGUGGAAGGAUACUAUCAGCACGCACCGUUACAUUACCAGCACUACCAACAGCACCAUCAUGGCCACAGUCACGGACAUCAUCAUUCGGGUUCUGAUGGAAACACAUCGUUCUUACGCGCCGCAAGGGCAGGCAACCUGGAGAAAGUGUUGGAGCACUUAAAAAAUAACAUUGACAUCAAUACUUGCAAUGCGAAUGGCUUGAACGCGCUGCAUCUCGCGUCGAAGGAUGGGCAUGUUGCUGUGGUGACGGAACUGUUGGCCCGCGGUGCCACAGUUGAUGCUGCCACGAAGAAGGGCAACACUGCGCUUCAUAUUGCUUCGCUGGCCGGUCAGGAGGACGUGGUGAAGCUGCUGAUCAAGCACAAUGCUUCCGUUAACGUGCAGUCGCAGAAUGGCUUCACGCCGCUGUACAUGGCAGCGCAGGAGAACCACGAUUCGGUCGUACGGCUGCUGUUGUCGAACGGUGCGAACCAGAGCCUUGCUACCGAGGACGGUUUUACGCCGUUGGCAGUCGCCAUGCAGCAGGGCCACGAUAAGGUGGUGGCAGUACUGCUGGAAAGCGACACUAGAGGUAAAGUGCGUCUACCCGCGCUGCACAUUGCCGCUAAGAAGGACGACGUUAAGGCUGCAACAUUGCUACUAGAGAACGAUCAUAAUCCUGACGUAACGUCUAAAUCGGGAUUUACUCCACUGCACAUUGCAUCGCAUUACGGGAACGAGGCCAUGGCCAAUCUGCUCAUCCAGAAGGGUGCGGAUGUGAACUAUGCCGCAAAGCAUAACAUUAGUCCACUGCACGUGGCUGCCAAAUGGGGCAAAACCAAUAUGGUGGCGCUGCUGCUCGAAAAAGGCGCUAACAUCGAAAGCAAGACACGGGACGGCCUUACGCCGCUCCACUGUGCUGCUCGCUCCGGUCACGAACAGGUGGUGGACAUGCUGCUCGAACGUGGCGCCCCCAUCAGCUCGAAGACGAAGAACGGGCUGGCACCGCUUCACAUGGCCGCACAGGGUGAGCACGUGGACGCUGCCCGCAUUCUGCUGUACCAUCGUGCACCGGUGGAUGAAGUUACCGUCGACUAUUUGACGGCUUUACACGUAGCGGCUCACUGUGGCCAUGUGCGUGUGGCAAAGCUGCUGCUCGAUCGCAAUGCAGAUGCCAAUGCACGUGCCCUGAACGGGUUCACGCCGUUACACAUUGCCUGCAAGAAAAAUCGCAUCAAGGUGGUGGAAUUACUGCUGAAGCACGGUGCCAGCAUUAGCGCCACAACGGAGAGUGGUUUGACGCCGCUGCAUGUGGCUUCGUUCAUGGGAUGCAUGAACAUUGUUAUCUAUCUGCUGCAGCACGAUGCCAGCCCCGACGUACCGACUGUGCGCGGUGAAACUCCAUUACAUCUUGCGGCCAGAGCCAAUCAGACCGAUAUUAUUCGCAUUUUGCUGCGCAACGGGGCACAAGUCGAUGCACGCGCUAGAGAACAGCAAACACCGCUGCACAUUGCAUCGCGACUCGGUAACGUCGAUAUCGUGAUGCUACUGCUGCAGCACGGUGCCCAGGUCGAUGCCGUCACCAAGGAUAUGUACACGGCACUGCAUAUUGCCGCCAAAGAGGGCCAGGAUGAGGUUGCUGGCGUUUUGCUGAACAACGGUGCGCAGAUCGAUGCGACCACCAAGAAGGGCUUUACACCAUUGCACCUGACAGCCAAGUACGGUCACAUGAAGGUCGCAGAGCUGCUGCUGGAGAAGAACGCACCGGUAGAUGCACAGGGCAAGAAUGGUGUAACGCCACUGCACGUCGCCAGCCACUACGAUCAUCAGAACGUUGCGAUGCUGUUGCUGGAGAAGGGUGCCAGCCCCCACGCUACGGCAAAGAAUGGCCACACGCCAUUACAUAUUGCGGCGCGCAAGAACCAGAUAGACAUUGCAAACACACUGCUAAAGUAUGAGGCACAGGCUAACGCGGAGAGUAAGGCUGGCUUUACACCGCUGCACCUGAGCGCUCAGGAAGGGCAUACCGAGAUGUCGGGCCUGUUGCUAGAACAUAAGGCCAAUCCGGAUCAUCAAGCCCGUAAUGGAUUGACACCGAUGCAUCUGUGCGCGCAGGAGGAUCGGGUCAGCGUUGCACAGGUGCUGGUAAAGCAUGGUGCCAACAUGCAGGCAGCAACUAAAGCAGGUUAUACACCCCUGCACGUCGCUUCACACUUUGGGCAGGCUAACAUGGUACGCUAUCUGAUUGAGCAGAAUGUGGAUGUUAAUACUUCCACCGGGAUUGGCUAUACGCCAUUGCAUCAAGCUUCGCAGCAAGGACACUGCCACAUUGUUAACAUUUUGCUGGAGAAUAAUGCUGAUCCAAAUGCUAUCACUAAUAAUGGACAAACGUCGCUGAAGAUUGCACAAAAGUUGGGCUACAUAAGUGUGCUCGAUUCGCUGAAAUCGGUGACGGAUUCCAAGGCAACACCGGAACAACCGCCAUCGGAAGAGAAAUAUCGUGUCGUCGCACCGGAAGCGAUGCAUGAAACAUUUAUGUCCGAUUCGGAAGAAGAAGGAGGUGAAGAUACUGUACUAUCUGAUCAACCGUAUCGUUAUUUGACGGUCGAUGAGAUGAAAUCCCUGGGCGAUGAUUCGCUGCCAAUUGACGUGACUCGUGACGAGCGAAUGGACUCUAACAAGAUGGUUCAGAGUACCGAUUCGCAUCAGUUCCCGCCAACGGCGUUGGAAGAUUCGAUUAGUCCGCAGCAUGCGUCAAUGGUACAGUCCGGCAUCUCGGCCACGGACUUUACUGACAACAUCAAUAUCGAGCGUCAUUCACACGUCGGAAAACUUCAUUGGAAGAACUUCCUUGUUUCCUUCCUGGUUGAUGCGCGCGGUGGAGCCAUGCGUGGCUGUCGUCACAGUGGUGUGCGUAUUAUCGUACCGGCUCGUUCGGCGGCACAACCCACACGCAUUACGUGCCGCUAUGUAAAGCCCCAGCGCACCAUGCAUCCGCCACCAUUGAUGGAAGGCGAAGCGCUGGCUAGCCGUGUGCUGGAGCUCGGUCCCGUUGGAGCCAAGUUCCUCGGACCCGUCAUCAUGGAAGUUCCACAUUUUGCAUCACUGCGCGGCAAGGAGCGCGAAAUCGUUAUCCUUCGCUCCGACAACGGGGAAACUUGGCGCGAACACAACAUCGACAUGUCGGAUGAAAUUAUUCAUGACGUACUGAACGAAUGUUUCGAACCGGAAGAUCUGGCACAGCUGGACGAGCUGGGUGGUGGACGUAUCUGUCGUUUCGUGACGUACGAUUUCCCCCAGUAUUUUGCGGUGAUUUCGCGCAUCCGCCAGGAGGUGCACGCCAUCGGACCGGAAGGUGGCAUGGUAUCGAGCACGGUGGUACCGCAGGUGCAGGCCGUCUUCCCGCAGGGUGCACUUACGAAGAAGAUCAAAGUUGGGCUACAGGUAAAUCUCUUCAAACCACGCAAAGGUGUCGCACCGGAUAAGUUGCGAAAGAUAAGCGUCAACCACGUGCCGAAGAAGAAACGUUUCUCUUUGAUCUGGUAAAGCGAUGCCUGAACGCAUCAUUCAUUUUGCACCGACGGGGCAACGGCUUGGUGGUAAAAGAAAAAAAAGCAAACCAAUCUAAAGCUUACGCUUUGCGUGCUUACACUCAACGAAAGGCGACAAAUGUUACAAUGAUACACAUACACCAAGGAAAAAAAAAAUGGCAGAAACCGGAGCUGUAUGCUUUUACCUCUAUGUACAUUUAUUUCACUUUAAUUCGGUUUGCUCAACCUUUACACACUAAUAGCUAGUCAACGACACCCUGAUAACGAAAUCAAAAAUCAUUGCAUGUAAUCUUCUUAUGUUAAAAACUCGAUUUUAUACUGUAGUUGCUUCUUAAGAAAGUGCAUUUUUUGUUUUUUUUUGUGUAGUUUUAAUUACUUGUAAUUACUCUGAAACAUGAUCGAUGGUUUGUCAUUAUGUGCAAGUCAACUAUUUGUGCUUCUUCUUUGAGUGAUAAUUCUCAGUUUGGUAUAAUGUUUUAUUUUGAAAAUUUGUGCCAUAUUUAAUUCCAAAUAAUACUGUCCAACAUAUUGCGAAUAAUAUUAUAUGAAAAAAAAAUCAAACAGAAGGCAACAAUUAUUUUCCAGCACUCCCAUUAAUAGCAGCUAAAGAACUCACAAAAAAAUAAAUAAAAUAAAUCUGCUCACCUACUACACACAAAUCAAUCUAUUAAACAUUCAAUUAUAUUUGAAAACACAAUGCGAAGGAACGAGUUAAAUGAGGAUAUUCAAGCUUAAAACGUACAUGUUCGAGACAUCAUGCAACUGAAAUGCGUAUGAAAAACAAAACAACCUACUUCUAGAUCUUUACGGAUAAUGCUGACUUAGCUGUUAGGAACUGUUUAUAUCGAAAAAAAAAACGAUGAAACGAUACUAGUAUUCCCGUUCGUGUUUUCAUGAGCAUACAAUAACUAUAACUAAGUCUCAACUAAACGCCUUCAUUCAAACAAGUUUUGCUUAAAUUUGUUGCCAAAUUUAACUUAAAACUUUGUUCGAUACUACUUAAUCACACACGAAAACGAACAAUCAGCUAAAAGAUGUAAUCAAAUUCCUUCAAAUCUGUAUGUUUUAUUUGUUACAGAAACAAAUGCAAAAAGAACGCAUCGGAAACGGAAGAAGAAAGUUUCAGUUGUAAAAAUUUGGAAACCAACAUCUCUUACACGAACGAAGUCAAGAGUAUUCGCUAGUACUGCCAAAAGAAAACGUGUCUGUUUACCAUUAUUCAUACACAAGAAAGCAUGUUCUGCGAUCUUCCAGUGAAGGUGCAUUUCAAAUGAAAGAUCUCAAACAAUAUGCAGGUACAGUAAUUACAUCCUUGAGAUUAACAAAAACGUAGGUGCAAUACAAGAUGGAAGGAGAUGCUAUAAAGGUCACCUAGGACACGCUAGGGUUUUUUUUGGCAAGAACAGUAUGAUAUGAAAAUAUUGUAAUAAACAUUUAAACGUUUAUGAUAAACACACUAAUGAUAAAUGUUGGAAACAAAAACUCUACGCAUUUUAGCAACUAGUGGAAAGCGGGACCGUUUUGAUCGCGAUCGCCCCUAUUUACUGAGUAGUAACAACACACGAUUUGAGUGCCCAAUAAAUUUAGUUCAUGUGAUGAAAAUCAAAUCCAA